AUGGGAAUCGGCAAAUUGUAUUGGUUUGCUGCCGCAAUCUAUGGUACCUACCUCUUCGCCACGUCACACUACAAGAAUUGGGACGGCGCCCUCCACCGCCCCGGCAACAAGGCAUCAGAGCGGCGGAGACGCAAAACCAAAGUCGACGAGGAGCAGAAGGAAGAUGCAAUCCGAGAAGUUGCCAGAGAACGCGGUGUCACCCCGGAGAGGCUCAAGAGAAAGCUCAAGCGCGAGAGCGAGCGGACAGCGCCUUACUACACAAAGCCUGACCGCCCCAUCACCGACGACGUGGCCUUCGCCAAAUCAGCCAUCAAGCGCGACGAAUCCGAGUCAGGAUCGAGAGGCCGCCAUCGACGACGAGACUCUGGCUCGAGCGGCAGUAGCGAAGAAUACGAUCCCAAAUCCUCUUCUCGCCCACGGCGCAGCGCUCUCAAGGGACCAGUCAAGCGAUAUAGAACCGCACCAUUCAGCGAGUUCAUUCCCGAAGAGAACUUCUCUCAAUAUACUGGCAACAAGCCACACUGGGACCCGCCAUUGCGAGCAGAACAUGGCACCCGACGCGAUUCGCACAAGCAUGUGGAGAUGCAAGAUAGCAACGCCACAUCAGACAACAGUCGUAUGCUGACGGCGGCGACGGAGCACGAGCACCUUGGUCAGCUCUCUCCGGCCUUGACUGAAAACCCUCGCAUCAGCUUCAAUGCCACCAACACCGAGCCAGCGCCUCUUCAGCUAGGCCAUACUGCAACCAAUUCGAACGACUCAGUGCUACCACGAAUCACUUUUACCAAGCCUGACGUCCACCACUUGCAUAUGCGACAUGCCAGAUCGCCGAAGAAGCUUGGCAAAGGUCGUCCCUCACCACUACGCAUCAACACAAGUCUACCAAUACCACCAGAUGCGCCGCCAUCAAAGCGUACCAGGACCGAAAAAAAGAUUGAGAUUGAAUAUGACUCCUCAGGCACCCCUCGAAUUAGAGAGACUCCCACUACCCCCACCGUUCUGUCUCCAUUCCUCACGAGCGCUCGCCCAUCAUCAGCUUACGCUCCUACACCGUCUAGUGGCUUUCCUCUUCCGAGCGCUUUGCCUUCUGCAGCAUUCGAAUCUGGGCAAGCGCUGCUUGCUUUACGCGGGCUGCAGUCACCUACCGCACAAGCGCCAGCGAUUCGGCCAAAGAAGAGCUUCGGCCUCAUUGACGCUUUCAUUGCCGACAGCUCCCUAUGUAUCUUGCUCGUGGGCUAUCUGGACGUACCUUCUUUGAUCUCACUAUACGCGAUUUCGAAGAAGUUUCACUACUACUUCAACAAGAACGCAACAGGUUUCAUCUUGUCCAGCAUGCGCACUUGGGCGCCAGGGGCAGACGAGCUUUUCCCAUGGCGCUGCUACGAGUCGCUAUGCAUCAAAGACCCCAUCAAACGACAGAAGGCCAAAGCACUAGUCUUUGGUGCUGACGUGGAGAGGCUCAAUCUUUUCUCGCGAGACGUGCCCAGCCUCCGCUGGCUUCAGAUGGUGGUGUGGCGAGAAGGUGUCGUCAAGGAUAUCAUGACACAGCUGGUGACGAAAGGCCUCCGGACGCCUCGCGGUUCGCGUGAUGCCAUCAAACGGCUGUGGUUCAUGCUCGACCUCCCGUUGAACGCGCAUCGCCUCGCAUUGAUGCGUUGCAGAGAGUAUUUCUCCAACAAGACACUAGAGCUCCUCACGCACUUCUUGCUCAAAGUCGACAUGUUCUUCACCGAUCCAGCUUUGGCACUGUAUCGAUUCAACCAUCCAAAUCAGAGGGUAUGGCCGAAUCGAUGGGCGAAUGGUGCAGCGCUGGGAUGCAAUUUGCGAGAGAAACUGCUGGCCGAAAGGAGCUUGACAUCGCUUUGGCGGGUGAUGCGAGGCUGGUCUCCGGAUCCAGCUGCAGGCUUCCGACCCAUUCGUGCAAUGGACAUCCUCAACUUAUGGAUGCGGCAUCAAUUUCGCUUCCGCCGGAACGCUCCGCAUGGUAUGGAUCGCACACGGAAAAUCAUGAAGAAGCAAAUGCGCGAUUUCAUGGACACUGGAUAUGAGCGUAUAUGGAGACCCGAAACAUACGAUGACGAUGUGCCCACACCUGUCACUGCUACAGCGCCUCGCGUCAACCGGCCACGACCUUUGCUCCGCCCUGACGAGCUGAUCAUGGCCGAGUCAAUCAACAGGCAACUCUCGCUUCAUCGUGAAUGGACUACCAUGAUGUUGUGGGGCUUCGUUGACCCCAACGGAAGAGAUGUUCGGGUGCCCAGCGAGAAGGAGAUCAUUAGCAAGACGAGGGAGCACUGGACACGAAGGGAGAAGAUACAGAUGGCUCUCGCUGCUCAAGCGGCGAAGGAUGGCAGGAGCGUCGGCGAUGGGAGUGGAAUACCACCGAGACUGCCAAUAGGACCUCGUCCGAUGAGAAGCAAGCGGUAA